CACGUAGACGGUUCGAAGUUAAACAGCUACCACGAGACGCAAUAUGCCAUAAAGAUGGUACGAAGGAAAUCAGAGGGGAAAGAAAGGCGGAGACGACACCACGCGAAAAACAACCAACUGAAGUGAAUUCAUGGCCAUGGCGAUGAAGAUGAAGACAGCAGCUACCACUGCUUGCAAUUCCCUUGCCCGGAAAAGCAAAUAUGUGCAGAAACCGGCGAGUCUCCCGACGCCUCACAUUCUCAGAGCCGCAUUUCACCGCUCCUCUGUUUCCGGCGGCCUUGUCGACGGAUUCCCUUCACAAUCCGUAUUCCAAGCUGCCGGACGGGGAGGCGGACUUCGUGCGGUGCAUAGGGCAACGCCAACUAUGGAGCCUGUAACAUCUAAUGAGAAGGGGAGAGGAGAGACAGAUACUUCGCCUGAGAAUUGGAAAAUUAAGAUGCUUUACGAUGGAGAUUGCCCACUUUGCAUGCGUGAGGUGGAUAUGCUAAGAGAGAGGAAUAAAAGUUAUGGGACGAUCAAGUUCGUGGACAUAAGUUCGGAUGAUUAUUCUGCUGAAGACAACCAAGGCCUUGACUACGAGACUGCAAUGGGAAGAAUUCAUGCGAUCAUGGCCGAUGGAACAGUGGUUACAGAUGUUGAAGCAUUCAGAAGAUUAUAUGAGCAAGUUGGUCUAGGAUGGGUUUAUGCAAUUACCAAGUUUGAGCCUAUUGGGAAGUUGGCUGAUGCUGUGUAUGCCUUUUGGGCUAAAUACCGACUUCAAGUUACAGGCCGGCCUCCAUUAGAACAAGUCUUAGAGGCUCGCAAGAAGAAGGGUGAAGUAUGCAAAACCAGUGAUGCCUGUAAGCUGUGAACCCCCUCCACGGCUAUCCGUGAUCAUCUCAAGACUCAGUUGCUCAUAUACAAACAUCUCUACCGCUAGAUACUAGUAUACAGUUUUACCUUUUUCAUCAAAAGAGGAUGUACCUUGGAUAUAAUAACCUUUAAUAUUUGUUUUACUGUUUUAUAAUGUAAAAAAAAAAUUUGUUUACUGUAUCGGCUAUGAUACUCGGGGUAAUUCUUGCUGUCAAAAUACACCUGUGUUGCUUUCAGACUUUCUAUGUAAAUAUUGCUUACUAUACUACUAUCAGUGCCCUAUUUAUGUCCACGGGUUAAUAUUUUUGUAUGGACUGAACUUUGAUCAAAAUAAACAUCCUGGCCAAUCUUUUCGAUCUAUAACAUCUUGGCACGAACUAUACACCAAAAUAAACAAUUUGGCCAGAUCCGACUUUUGACCGUUAACUUGAACGGUCAAACGCGUUGACCGUUAGUCAACGCGCCAAGUCACUGUCAAGUCAGCAUAAAAUAUUUAAAAUAAUUCACAAUUUCUACACAUUCCCUAAUUUUAAAUUAUUAUAAAUUUAAAAAAAUCAU